UCUGGUGGAAGGAGGACUGUCGCUUGUGCUUUCAUUGUUGUGCGUGUGUGCGGUGAAUGUGUGCCGCUAACAAUGGUGGAUACCAGCACUAUCAUUGAAGGCACAGUCAAGUUUCGUGACGGCAAGAAGUGGAAGUCACGAUGGUGUGUGAUGCGCAAGCUGUCCCCUGUGGCAGACUGUCUCCAUCUCCAGCUGUACAGGGACAGCAAGGACAGAUACAAACAAGGACAAACCAAGGCAUCCUUAUCCCUUCAGCACUUCCUGGGAGUUCAGACAGGUUUUACGCUUGACAAAGAAUCCAACACUAUCGCCAUUAUCUGCCAGGAUGUUACCGUGGUCCUUGCGUUUGACACGAGAGAGCGACUCAUCCAGUGGCAAGUGAAGAUUGCCAACAACCUUGGAGAAGAUGAACAGUUCCUGGUCCAGAUUCAGUCAGCGCCUGCUCGAGGUAAAAUUCCUCCAGGACCUGCUCGCCUCCACAUCCAGGAGCACAGGUUCUGCAUGACUGUGGGUGUUCCACCACGACUAGUCGGCUACUGGCUCAUAAGGCAGCUCAGGAGAUAUGGUGUUGUCGAAAAUCGGUUCUGCUUCGAGGGAGGAUCCCGAUGUGGCCGAGGAGAGGGUCUGUAUGUCCUGGUGUCGGAUCAGGGGGAGGACAUUUCCAGAGCCUUCCAGUUGGCUGCUGAGGGAAAACUAUCCUCUCGACGCCGUCCUCUCGCCAGAAACUCUUCAGUGGUGGACAGUCCCAGACGGACUCUCCAUUCCCGAGCGGAGACACGCAUGUCUGACGUCAGUUGCCUGGAGAGUCUGCUGCUGCAGUCAGAACAGGCUGGGGGAGACAUGUGCUGCGGUUGCUCUCACAACAACGACGAGUCCAUCAUCUGGCCCUCCUCCGAGACCCGGGCAGACAGCUGUGACUUUGGUGACGCCUCCUCUGUCGCCGACUAUGCUGACAACCAUAUUCAGGACAGCUGCAGGACAGCCGACAACUCGAUGGGUCGCUGCACCAGUUGUAUCAGCAAGCUUGGAGCCUUAUCUCGGUCCUCCACAGUAACCAACACUCCUGGUUCUGGCUUUACCCCAGCAUGGACCAUGGACACUGACAGUUUAGGAACUUGUAACCAUGAGAGCAAUGGAGUCUGCUGCAACUCGCUCCAGCCUGGAUGUGAUUCCAUGGCAAGGCUUUCUAACUCAGACUGUUGGUCAUCCAGUGGAUCAUCGUCUAGCACAGUGGCAGAGAGGUGUGCAUGCUGUCCCCCUGUACGGCCACCCAAGCCUCUGCAGCUGGCCACACAGUCAGCCACCAAUUCCCCCAUCAAGAAGAAGCCCAAGCCACCGAUGCCACUGCCAGUCUGCAACUGCCCUCACCAUCAGCCCCCCAAUCCGUAUGACAACUACGACAUUCCCAAGACCUUACCUGCUGCUCAGCCUAAAAGAGAAGAGACUAACCGCCCUGAGGUGAACAGCAGGAUGACUGCAUGUCCUACAGCAGACGACUACUAUGAUACACCUAAGAAUAUGAAGGAGAGUCUAGUAGGGGAGUAUGGAAAUUACGACACUCCACCACCACCUGCUCUGGCAGUCAGGAAGGUUCAGGGUACUCCAUGCCUACACCACAACUUCUCUACUCUCAGACAUGAGAAGGAAGACGGGGUCCGCCCACUUGUGUGUCCCUGUCACCGUGUCACUUGCUGGGCUGAAAACUGGUCCCCAAAAACCCAGCAGUUCAGAGAAAUCUCAUCGCCAGUUUUGCAACGAGUAAAACUCAAUACUGAUGGAAGAACUUCGCCUGGAAUACCAAAAGCAAUGCCAAUCUAUGCAACGGUAGACAAGUCCAAGAAAACCAAGAUGAAAAUGGCUCAAGAUACUGACGACAAUGAACAAGCAGAAAAGGAAAACCUGAAGAACAAUAUAGAAGAUAGAGAAAAGUUUGAUGCCAGUUGCAACUAUGCUAAUAUUGAAGUAGUUGAUCCAAAAGAUCUAACUCAAUCAUUUAUUCAAGAAUCAAAUUCAAAUACUGAUUCGCUCAACUAUGCAAAUUUAGAAUUUGCUCAAUCAUUAGAACACUACGAAAAUUCUAAAGAAUUGCUUCUAAAGGCUGGUAUAACACAAGAGGAGAUGGAAAAAAUGUUAAAAGCUGACAGUGAGUUCAGUAGUCAAUCUGCAGAUAAGGCCAGUGUGAAGUUUUGUACAAAAUGUGGCCAUGCUUGCAACAGGGGUGGGGGACCUCAAGGAUCAAACAUCAAACAAGACGAUUAUUUGAUGAUGGAGCCAACAUCGAAACAAAACUCAACACAGGAUUUGGCAAACAAAUCUCUUGGAGGGAAACAAUUCCCUGGAUACCUUCCGAUGCACCCAGUAUCCAACUCCAGCUGUCUCAACAAACCAGACCUACUCAAGGCCAGACUGCAGAGAGAAAUGGGAGACAAAUCGUCCAGUACUCCAAGUCUUACCGCAUGCAUUUCGGAAGCUUGUAGAAAACGACUUGAGUCUGAUAUUCAACGAGUUCCUGGAUCAGCCAUGCUAGGCAUAAACCAUUCCGUUUCUGCUGCCAACAGCCCCUACCUCAGGAGAAGAGUCAUGGGCUGUCUGAAUGAUUCAAGAAGUAGCAAUGCCUCUCUUUGUAAUUCUCUGCCAAGAAAACGCUCAAGCUCGGCAGAUUCGACAAAGUACUUUGACGAUUUAGAUUCGAUCACAGAGAGAACUGUGUCAACUUCAUCUGGUACUCAAAUACAGAACUCUUUAAGUAGCAAAAACACAUCUGUUGACUCAAUUAACAGCCAUUCAAUGCAAGUGAACAUGAAAACUGACAACCAAGAAGACGUCAAUCCUGUACACAAGCAGACCUGUUUUGAUUUGGAAAGAAAUAACACUUGUCACAUCUCUUCUUCGGAAAGCAAAUCUGUUAAUGGAAAUAAUUGUUAUGAAAACUCAUCAAAGCAGGAGGUAAAAGAGCCAAAUGACUCAGGUCUUUCAGUCAAUGUUCGAAGAUCAUCCAGUGUUCCUUGCAAAUCUGGUCACAACAGGGACUCGUCUAGCUCUAAUGAUUCAGGAGUUUCCAUUGGCUCUUUGAAACACAGAGGAAGUGAUUUUGCUGAGUUUGAAUUACCUCUGACCACUGCCAUGUCGUCCAGAAGACACUAUCACGCCAUCCAGAAGACUUCAGCCAUCCAUUACCCUGAUUGCUACCAUUCCUCACUGCCGAGAAGAUCCAAGAGUGUGGAUCCUCUCAGAGAACUAACUUUCCAAUUUCAACAAGUAGAAAUUCCUCUGAAGUCUUCUUCUGCAGAAGCUGAGAUUCCUAUUUGCCUUGUGAAACGUGACUCAAAAGGUUGCACCAGUCCAGGCAGUGCUAUGCCAUACAUAGAUUCCCACAGCACCAGCAGUGGUACUUCUGACAUGUCAGACUACAUCGAGACUCUCUCCCUCUCCUCCUACAGCUCCUCUGACACUCCUGACUGUCUGCAGUUAGGACGACCUGCUGCCACAACUCUGAGACCUCGCUCUGGCAGAGAGUACCACAAGAUAGACAGAUACAUUCUGGAGAGCGAUGAACAGAACUCGCCAUAUACUUCAAUAACUUCUGUAGCUGAGAAGUCAGAAUCACCGUCCCCAGGUUAUGUGAGCAGCUCACCAGGCCAAUAAAUUGACAUUUGUGGGGUGAUGCCACAUCCACAGUGCAGCUCACUAUGAAUCCUUCAGAAACAUGUACAUGGAGUGUAGUGCUUUCUGAUGUGUUCUUUUGGAGUAUUAGAUUAUUUAUCAUGUAAAUAAUAGUUUGUACAUUUUUCUCAUAGUGCAGUACUAAAAGCAUGUAGAAUUUUGUAGAUUUUUAAGAGUUUAUAGCACUAGGGAUAAAUUAAAUUCUAAUGAAUCUAAGAAUUUCAUUUUAAAUAUACACAAUCGUCCAUUAGUGAAGUGUGUGAUUUUGUUGACAAGUGCUCAUAUUGUAAACUAUGUAAAAAACAAAAUUUGUACAUAUGGGUUUAUUGUGUAUCGCAAAAGCAGCAAACAUACCAAAGCUGACAUUGUUGAUUAGAUUAGACCAGCUAGUGUUUCUUACCAACUGGUAUUUUGUGGCAUUUAGGUGGAUUUAUCAUAUACCAGAAUAUUUAUAUAAUAAAAAAUUUAUAUAACCUUA